GUGAUAAUUUCGUGGCUUCGCAUGAUAAAAACUAAGCCUGGCUAAUCAGGUUGAAAUUGAGUCACGUGACGCCAUAUUGAUCUUUUAAAAGUUUAGGCAUGCGCACGAGCUUUAAAAUUGGCCGAGUUAGCCGGGCUGUGGCAAUCACAUGAGAAAUUUCCAGCCCGCCUAACCGAGAUCUCGGUUCAACAAAGCGGGAUCUCGGCAAACCGGGCUGGCUCGUUUUUCAUGUAAUCGCAAUUCAUUUUUCAGCCCCUUAACGUGAAGUUUUAUAAUUUUCUGUACAAAUAAAAGUUAACAAAAAGAACUUUGUUGAAAAUAACAUCCGUAAUAUUUAAAAUUAAGAUAUAAAAUAAAAAACGAGUUUUUCAUAUUGCCAGAGUUGCUUAACUGAUUCGUAUAAUUUAAAAAAAAAGAUCUUUCUCUAACAAAAAAGGAGUUGUUGUGAAUUGUGAUAAGCCGUUGGGCGUAGGUCCGUGUUAUAACCACAUGGAUGGCCACGUGUUAUUUUUUUAUACUGUGCCGUAGCGAGAAACAAGACGUGAGUUUGUAGUGGCGUUCUGUACUAUAUACUACUAGUAUAUAAUUGCAACUACUUGCCGCCCUUAUUUACCGUGAUACGACAGUUGUUAUUUCAAAGCUGAUACAUAUGCACCUUUUAUUUUCCAAAGCGAUGAUUAGCCCCAACACCAACCUUGACCCCAGGGCUGGUUCUCUUUUUACAAACAAUGAAAGGAUACUCAGUGCGUUUUAUCUGAUGACGUGUGCACAUUCUACCUCUGCAAGCUUCUAUGCUAGGUUUAAAUUUGGAAUUUACAUGCACAUUCUAUUUUGUUUCUAGUGGAUUUUACUUUCUGUGAACGAGCUCAUAAACCUUUGUUGCUGCAAAGCUAAAUGGACGUUUGUCAUGGUGGGUGGGUGGUUUCGUGAAGAACGCCGGGAGCAACUGUAGAAUUUGUGCAGAAAAUCUUGGUUAUCAUAUAAAGCUGCAAAUGCAACCACGCACUUCUAGCUACACACAAAGAAUGAGAAUUUCCAAGUGGACUCAGUGAUGAUAUGUGGAAACCGUUGUUCAUACCGCUGUAAGAAAUGAAUCAUCACUCAUCACACAAUAUGGAAACAAGCAUGGUGGUAUGGCGUAAAUGUACGCCCUUCUGUGAUAAAUCGGUCGAAUGUCCUGACCAUCAUGAGUUAUUACAAGCAAUCGUUAACUGUACAGAUCAACUUGGACAUUUAUCUAACUUAGAUGUGCUGAAAAACAGUAUUGAGAAACACAAAUCGUUAGGAUGGGACAAAAAUGAUGACAUACCAGAUCCCGUAUCAACUAACCGUUUGCCUCUUAUUCAUUGGGCAGCUUGUUUGGGAAAGUGUAAUGCACUUGAAUGGCUGUUAAACAGUGGGUUUGACUCCAAAGUAACUGUUCAUGGAAUUGGUGAAAAUGCGUUGCACAGGACUGUUUUGUAUUUGUACAAGUCAAGACCAAAGUUUACGACAAAAGAAUUGAAACCAAAGUUUCGCAAAAUUUGCGCCUUGUUGCCUAGUCUCAUCUCUGUGCCUGAUCAUAUAAAUAAUGAAACGCCGUUACUACUAGCCGCUACGUUAUUAGUUACGUCAGAUUCCAGGCUAGUGUUCUUUCAAACGGCCAUUGAAGUUAUGUCAGCGCAGACACGAGAAAUGUCUGAAGCACAAAGUGCUGCGGCACUCGACGCACGAAAUAGAGAUGGAAAUACGUGUUUGCAUAUCUUAGCUUCUGUUACAGAAAAAAUCAAAUCUGAGCACGCGUGCAUUGCUAUAGGAGCUUUGUUAAAGGCUGGAGCAGAUAAAACGAUUCGAAAUAUGACUGGUCAGACACCGCUGGACAUUGCGAUACAAAAGGGUUGCAAUAACAUUGUGGACGAACUUGUUAAGAUUGUCUAUCCAACAUCCCAUAUCGAAGCCACACCCACAUCUGCUAACAACGAUCCAAGAUCAUUGAUGACGAUGGUGGAUAUACCUUCUCGGUCAAGAGCAAGUCCUUCUUCGAACACCAUGGUGAAUGUACAUCGUCCUUAUUACGCAUCAAAUUCGCCGCGCUCUCCACCGCGUUCUCGCUCCCCACAUAGAAAUUCCCGUUCAUCGGAAUCUCCACCGUCCCUACAGUCGAAGUAUGAGGAUCAAGACUCUAUUCCUAUUGUGGAACCUGGUGCAUUUGUUAUCAAGCAAGAAAAUGGAGGUCUGAAGAGUGAUGCAGCGGAAAAUAAUCAAACUGGAAUGUAUCCUAUGAGUCCUGCUUCAAUGUCCGACUCAAACUUUGACGUUAACUCACCAUUGUUAUCGCAUCUUAAAGAGGCUGGUCUUUUAAACGAAGUAUCUGAUCUUUUACUAAGAGCGAAGGCUAGAGACGAAGGACAACUUCGAAGGUACCAACAGCAAGCUAAAGACUUGGAUACACAGAUAGAAUACAAGCUGAAAGAAAUCGAGCGAAUCAAACAAGAAGUUGAAAGUUUGCGCAUUAAGCGAACUCGCUGUGAUGAUGAGACUGCCAAUUUGAGAAAAAGACUUUCCUCCUGCUCAAACGCUAUUAAGGAACUCCCCGGAGGAGGACCUUUUUCGAACAAUGUUUCUGCUCCGCCGUUGUUAACUUCUAGCAACAAUUUAUGAUGAUAUAGAUGGCUGUUGUAUAUAUUUAUGAGCUGUUUAGCUUGCUAGUAUUUUAAGCGAUAUUUAUUUUAAUUGCUAUGAUCUGAUUAAAGUUGAGAGGAGAGAUAUUUUCUCACUAACUUUAAAAAACCAUUUUGAACUGGCAUUCCGGAGAGAGAAAAGCUGCAGUUGAUUCUUUUUAAUAAAUUUAGAAGUAUAAUCUUUUAAGUGUACACACAGAGUCAACUUUGUACUUGGACCUUUCGUUUAACCUUGCUUGUAGUGCUCAGUUUGAUAUUUAGUUAACUGGGAUUUUAAAAGUCCUGGGUACGAGGUUUAUAGCUAUUUAUAUAUUUUUAACGUUUUAAAAAGCGACAGAUUUUAUUCCCUAAAUAAACUAAUAUAGUAUAAUAUCAUAUAUGUGUACAGAUAUAUAUAAAGAAAGAGUAGUACUAAUU